GGGGAGAGAAGAGACUUUCAGAAAACAGCCACACACACACUCACACUCCCUGGCGGACCCGCACCGCACGGAUAUCCCAACACGAGAGACGUCAAGGUUUUCCCCGAUUCCCGGUACAUGGGAUGGUUUAGCUGCACACGCUCACAGUGGGACCGACUGUCGCGUCCCCGCGUGCAGAGCGCCGCGUCCCCGCGUGCAGAGCGCCCCCCCGCUGCCGCCGCCGCCUCCGUCUCCUCGUGAAUCAUGUCCCGCCGGAAGCAGAAGCGACCCCAGCAGCUUGUGAACGCGGACCCAGGGGGCACGAGGCUGCUCUCUCACGACGACCACCUCGGGGUGAAGUCCCCCUCCACGUCGCUGGGCUCUGAGUUCACCUCCUCCGGCUCCUCCUCGUCCUCGCCCACCUCGCUGCAGGACUGCCAGCCCCCCCUGGCCCCGCGCCCGUCCCCCGGGGGGCUCCACGCGCCCUCCCUCCCCAGCGAGAGCUCGCCCCCGCCCCACUGGCCGAGCCACAUCGUGCCCUACACCACCUCCCUCCCCAACACACACUCCUCCCUCUCGCCCGACUUCCCUCACCCGUCGCUCUCCUCCCAGACGCGCUCCCCCCCCCUCCUGCUGGCGCAGACCACCCUCCCCCACUCGCUGCACCAGGGCCGCCCCCCCGCCGCCAUGACCUCCCCGACCAUGGGCAGCUCGGCCACCACCACCACCACCUCUUCCUCCUCCUCCUCCUCCUCCUCGCACUGCGUGCCCCAGCACGGGGGCCACAGCCCCCCCGGGGGCCUGGGGGGGCACAUGGGGGCGCCCCCCACCCUGGCCGUGCUGCUGGAGGAGCUGCGGGUGCUGCAGCAGCGGCAGAUCCACCAGAUGCAGAUGACGGAGGAGAUCUGCCGCCACGUGCUGCGGCUGGGCAGCGCCGUCUUCUCCCAGGACCACUCCCAGCAGGGGGGCGGCACCGACGGCCACCACAAGGCCUCCGGGGCCGAGACCCCGUCCCCCACCCACCCUGCGCCCGGCCUGGCCGCGGGCUCGGCCUCCGGCCUGCUGACGGGGCUGCCCUCCCUCUUCCCCCAGGGGCUGGACUCCUCCAAGCUGAGCCUGUCCCAGUCCCUGGGCGGCAGGGCCCUCCCCCCUUCCCCCUUCUCCGCCUCCUGCUCCCCCUCCAUCACCUCCAGCGUCAGCUCCUCCGUCUCCUCGCUCCACCCUCUGUCGCUGUCGCUGGGCCUCCCGCCGCGCUACCUCCACGAGAAGCCGGCCAACGCCUCCUCGCCGUUCGGACACGCCAACGGGCUGGGCUUCCCCGCGGGGCCGCCCCCGCCGCCCGCCAACGGCGCCCAGGACCCCCUGGGGCCCGGCUCCUCGCUGGGCCGGGCGCAGCACGCCUGCCGCUUCUGCGGGAAGGUGCUGAGCAGCGACUCGUCGCUGCAGAUCCACCUGCGCUCGCACACGGGCGAGCGGCCGUACCAGUGCCCCGUCUGCUUCAGCCGCUUCACCACGCGCGGGAACCUCAAGGCGCACUUCCUGCGGCACCGCGAGCAGAACCCCGAGCUGUCGCUGUCCCUGCUGCCCCCGGCGCUGGCGGACAUGCCCGGCCCGCCGCCGCCGCCGCCUAGCUCCUCCUCCUCCUCCUCCCAGAGACGCAGGAAGCGUCGCGCCGAAGAGGAAGAGCCCUUCGGCGGCGUGAAGGGCAUGACGGAGAGCAUGGCGCUGGGCUUCCUGUCGCCCCACCCCUCGCCCUCCUCCCUGCCGCUGCCGCCGUCGGUGGACAUGGCGCUGCUGUCCACCGCCCACUCGCUGCUGCAGCUCAACCGUGCCUCGGCGGCGGCGGCGGCGGCCGCCAGCGCGUCGGGCGCGGGGCUGACCGCCACCACCUCCUCCUCCUCCUCCUCGCCGAUGAACGGCCAGGCCAAGGGCGCCAAGCUGCAGCGCUUCGACGAGAACACGCCCCCGGGCUCGGCGCUGCACGCCGCCUCGCCCUACUCCCAGCUCGCCUCCCACCUCCCCAAGAUCCUGUUCCCCGGCGGGGCGGCCCCCCACCACCUGGCCCUGCUGCGGCCCCCCGGCCACGCGGCCGCCGGCCACAUGGCCUCCCCCCACCAGCUGCCCUUCCCCUUCCCGCCGUUCCCCAAGCCGUCCACCUCCUCCCCGUCGCCCACCUCCUCCUCCCCCACCUCGGACACCUCCAAGCUGCAGCGGCUGGUGCAGAAGCUGGAGAAGCAGCCGCGGGGGGCCGUGUCCUCGGGGCCCCCGCCCGCCGCCUCCACCUCCUCCAUGAUCUUCAGCCAGGCGGCGCUCCACGCCGACGCCUUCGGCCACGACCUGAGCUCCACCUCCAACGCCUACCGCCGGGAGAUGCUGGCCGCGCUGGGCCUCAGCCCCAACACGGGCGCCCUGAUGGGGGCCCACGGGCUCCCGGGGGCCGCCACCUCCACCACCUUCACGGCCCCCCUGCUGCCGGCGGCGCUGGCGGCCAACCAGUGCGGCGUCUGUCUGCGCGUGCUGAGCUGCCCGCGGGCGCUGCGGCUGCACGCCGCCACCCACCUGGGCGAGCGGCCCUACCCCUGCAAGCUGUGCGGCCGCUCCUUCUCCACCAAGGGCAGCCUGCGGGCCCACCUGGCCACGCACCGCGCCCGGCCCCCCAACGCCCGCGCUCAGAACUCCUGCCCGCUCUGCCCCCGCAAGUUCACCAACGCCCUGGUGCUGCAGCACCACAUCCGGCUGCACCUGGGGGGGCAGAUCCCCCCGGAGGAUGACACGCCCCCCGAGGACCUGCCCCCCCCCGAGGCCGCCCAGCUCCUCCCCCUGGCGCUCACCGUGAGCAGCGCCGCCAAGUCGGCCGCCGCCAACGGCCCCGUCUCUGGCUCCGCCCCCAGGCCCCCGCCCCCCCCCCGCCGCUCCCGUCUCGCGUGGGCCCCCGAGGACCCCCUGCUCCCGGGCGCCGCCCCCCCGGUGGGCGGCGGCCCUUUGAACGGUGCCGUAUCCUCGGAGGAGACCGCCCCCCCGGCCCGGGGCCCCCCCAGCCCUCUGAAGGCCCCCGCUGGGCCCCUCACCAACGGACCCCCCGGGGCCCCGGAGGGGGAGGGCGAGGGGGAGGGGGACCAAGAGGGCCCGCUCUCGCUCUGCGUCUCCAAGCCGACCGCACCCCCCCCCGCCGCCGCCGCCGAUGCCCCGCCGCCCGGUACGGGCCCCGAGCCAGACCCUCCGGCCGCCAGCGCCUCACCCGCCGCCUCGCUCCCCACCAGCCCCAAGCCGGCCCCCCCGUCGGAAGAGGCCUCAGAGGAGGGGGGGCCAGACCCCGCCCCCCAGACCAAAGGGGAGGAGCCCGGGGAAACGGCAGCCGAUCCGCCGCAGGAGGAGGAGCCUGUGACGAAGGAGGAGGAGUCCAGCGCCCCCGAGCCGGCCCCGGCCCCGCCCCCGGCUGCGCCCGCCCGGCCAGACAAACCCUACAGCUGCUCCCAGUGCGGGAAGGCGUACGCCAGCCGCAGCGGGCUCAAGGGCCACAUGAAGACUCACCCUGCAUCGACCACCACCACGCCCUCCAAGGCUCCGACCAAUGGCAGCGAGGCAGCGGAGGGAAACGGCUCGGCCAAUAAGGUCGAGCAGGAGGACGGGCCGGGAUUGGCCAAAAGCUCUGAGAAGGACACUCCCCCAAUCAGUGUGGCGACCAAUGAGGAAGAGGAGAAGCUUAUGGAUACUACUGUGUAGAGAUGAUGAGAUUAUCGCUGGUGGCCUGUUGGCUGAGGGCCGUGACAAGGGAAUGUAACUCGUUUGGUUUUCUUCUAUGACAUUAUUUUUUUCUAGAGCUUGAUUCUUCUUGUAUAUUUUGUUUUGCAGUAGUCCUAUAGAUCCACUCUGUCAGUGUGUGACGCGCUACUUUGGUGCCGACUCAAUUUGGCGACGUUAUUUUUGUUCUCGGCGAGGCCUUACGUCCCAUGGUUCAGUAUUCGGGAGCUCACGACUUCUGCGUCUGUGCUUUUCUAUUUCUUGAACAAAUAUUAUCCAGGACCGAUGCGUACAGCAAACGGCUGCUGUAGAAACUAGAUUGUUACAGCCAGAGGCGCCGAGGACCUUGGUUUACUCGCGUCCGGAGUCGAUUCUUGUUCCUCCUGCGUGAGGAAAUGGCCGCCAGGUGUCUGGAGAAAUGUAAAAAAAAAAGAAAAGGGGAUUCUGGACGGCGCUCAUCCUUCUGCCUGAUCGACUGUGCUAAAAACUGUUAUUUGUUAACACAAGUAUUUUCUUUUGAAAACAAUUGUAUUUUCACUGCUGUAAUGUUUCUCGACCUGCAGUAAUAAAGAAGACCACUACAAUAGUGAGCAAUACUGGUGAUGUUUGUCUGUAGUGCCUUUCUGAGGAGGAACCCAGUCCGCCUUUAACCCAAACAAACCAAAUGAGACCGGUGCGGGUCUCUCUGGACCUCCUGAACCCUCUGUGAUGACAUGAUGCUCAACAUGUCUGUGUGUUUGGUCUCACUGGCUCUCCUCCACUAGAAACACAACAUAGGGGUUAUUGUGAUUUCCAUAACGAUGAUAUCCAUGUCACUGAUGGGUGUGGAAUGUAGAAAAUGGCCGUACUCAUAAAUGAUUGUAUUUUGUUUUUUAUUUGAUUGUGAUGGUGGCCGGUUUGAAACGUUGGCUCUACUGUGGGUCUCGGGCGGCGAAGGGCCAUGUUAUGUGUUAGUGGUUCACCUUUAGUGCCAGGUGAACCUCUCUACUUUUCUUCCACUUUUCUCUCAAUGCACUUGAGUGUUUUGUGCCUCUUCAGCACAGACCGCCACACUCACCACCAAAACUCGACCCCCCCCACCCCCACCCUCCUUAUUGUAUAGCUCUCUGGUUUGGUUUUGUAGUCGCGAUCUAUCAACAUGUUCCUCGCUGUGAAGUCUCCAUGAAAAAAUGAAUAAAAUGGUGUUGUGGAAGA